AUGUAAGAGCCCGGAAGUCGUGAGUCAACGGCCCGUUCUAGCGCUCUCUUGCAUCCUCCAGGGCCCGGGCAUUGAUCCGCGAAAUAACAGCGCCUUGGGUUCAGAGCCGGAGCCUAGCCGAGAAAAGUGGGAGUGAGCGAAUGAAGUCGGAAGUGCCAACAGCAAGGAAACUGUCCUCGCCUUCCACAAGAUGUACAGAACCAAGGUGGGCUUGAAGGACCGCCAGCAGCUGUACAAGCUGAUCAUUAGUCAGCUGCUGUACGAUGGCUACAUCAGCAUCGCCAACGGCCUCAUCAAUGAGAUUAAGCCUCAGUCGGUGUGCGCACCCUCAGAGCAGCUCCUGCACCUCAUCAAGCUGGGAAUGGAAAAUGAUGACUCUGCAGUUCAGUAUGCCAUUGGUCGGUCAGAUACAGUUGCCCCGGGCACAGGGAUUGACCUGGAAUUUGACGCUGAUGUCCAGACCAUGUCCCCAGAGGCUUCUGAGUAUGAAACAUGCUAUGUCACCUCCCAUAAAGGCCCGUGCCGUGUGGCCACCUACAGCAGAGAUGGACAGUUAAUAGCUACAGGCUCUGCUGAUGCGUCCAUAAAAAUACUUGAUACAGAAAGAAUGCUGGCCAAGAGCGCCAUGCCCAUCGAGGUCAUGAUGAAUGAGACCGCACAGCAGAACAUGGAAAACCAUCCAGUGAUCCGAACUCUUUAUGACCACGUGGAUGAAGUCACCUGUCUCGCUUUCCACCCAACCGAACAGAUCCUGGCCUCGGGCUCAAGGGAUUAUACUCUUAAACUGUUUGAUUAUUCCAAGCCGUCUGCAAAAAGAGCCUUCAAGUACAUCCAGGAAGCUGAAAUGUUGCGCUCCAUCUCUUUCCAUCCUUCUGGAGACUUUAUACUCGUCGGAACUCAGCACCCUACACUUCGCCUUUAUGACAUCAACACCUUUCAGUGUUUUGUCUCUUGCAAUCCUCAAGACCAGCACACCGAUGCCAUCUGUUCCGUGAACUAUAAUCCUAGCGCUAACAUGUACGUCACUGGCAGCAAAGACGGCUGCAUCAAGUUGUGGGAUGGUGUUUCAAAUCGCUGCAUCACAACCUUUGAGAAAGCCCAUGAUGGUGCUGAAGUCUGUUCUGCCAUCUUUUCCAAGAAUUCUAAAUACAUUCUGUCAAGUGGGAAAGACUCUGUGGCUAAACUGUGGGAAAUCUCAACAGGACGCACGCUGGUCAGAUACACAGGCGCUGGCUUGAGCGGGAGGCAGGUGCACAGGACACAGGCCGUGUUCAACCACACGGAGGACUACAUCCUGCUGCCCGACGAAAGGACCAUCAGCCUGUGCUGCUGGGACUCCAGGACGGCCGAGCGCAGGAACCUGCUCUCCCUGGGCCACAACAACAUCGUGCGCUGCAUCGUGCACUCGCCCACCAACCCCGGCUUCAUGACCUGCAGUGACGACUUCCGGGCGCGGUUCUGGUACCGGAGGUCCACCACUGACUGAGCCACCUCAGCAAUGGCAUUCGUCUCCAGGACUCUGCCCUCCUCCCCGUGUCUGGCCGCCAGCCUCCGUAGUACAUGGCCAGCCCUGCUGCAUCGUCUCCAUCCUCGGAUUUGCAGAGUUUGCUGGGAAGAGUGGGAGCCACGUCUGUGCGGUCACUGCUCGUGGAUCGUCAGUGCCGUGCGGGGACUUUAACCAGCUCUGUAAGCACAGGACUUGCUGUGUCCUCACUCUCGGUCCUUGGAGACGGACAACAUUAAAGUGCUUUCUAGGUCUUGGACUCUUGUCACCGGCGCUGCAUUUGGCUCUUCUGUCACCUCACACCUGUCUUUCUGCCUGCCUGUCCCUCCUCUCCAGGUGCGUUUUGAUGGGUGUGUAGGCAUCGGAGGACCUGCAGUUUUGUGCCAUAUUGAGCCAGUUCUGGGAACCUGUGCUCUCCUGAGAUAACAUCAUUCUGGUAAUAAAGCUCAGCUCUGCAUCUUUACUAUAUUUUCCACUUCAAUAAAACUCCAUCUUGUCAUUCUUGCCUCCCACA